AUGUUUGAGUACUUUAUUCACCUAAUGGAAAGCUAUCCAGCCCACCAGUUCAGAGCAAAUUGGCAGAACGCUGAGUUAAAGAAAUUGAUAGACAAUUUACCCUUAGGUCACGUUUGUUGUAUUCAUGACUACUCAGAAAAUUACAGCUGUCAGCAUCAGGACCAAAUUCAGUCACUGUAUUACGGAGAAGUCCAGGUGUCCAUCCACGUAACAGUAAUGCACCGUCACGCUAUUAGGGAAAUUGAUGGAGAAGAAAGUACUCCUGAUGAUCCUGCAGUCAUAACUGAACAUUUAUAUGUAAUCUCACCAGAUACAAAACAUGACUCACACUCAGUUCACAAUUGCAGAGAUCAAAUCUCGCAGUAUUUGAAGGACAUAGGAUGUGCUGUUGAAACCAYRMACGAAUGGACAGACGGAUGUGCUGCACAAUACAAGAGUCGUCACUGCCUCGGUGAUUUGUCCAUGUCUGUUAAGGAUUUCGGUUUCUCAACUAUAAGGAAUUAUUUUGAAACAUCUCACGCUAAAGGGCCACAAGACGGAGCCGGAGCUAAUCUUAAACACAAAURWGAUAUGGCAGUAAUAAGGCGUGAAGUGGUCAUACAAAACGCUCGAGAUCUAUUCAACUUCGCUGAAAACAAUUUAAAGGAACCAUCACCAAGUCGGUAUCAAUCUCACAAUGUCAGGCUAAAAAGACGCGUUUUCUUUUAUGUCGAAAGUCAAUCACAUGAUCGCAGUGAUCGUUUAUUCAAAGAAGUCAAAGAGAUUAGAAGUAUUCAUAGUGUAAAAUCUACUGAAGAGGAAUUGAAAAUCUCUACACGUCAACUAUCGUGCUACUGCUAUCAUUGCUUGAAUGGUGAUUAUUCUGAUUGCCUCCACAAGGAUUAUGUUCCUCACUGGGAGUCAAAAGAAAUGGAAAAUGAACAGCAUGGUCGAAGAGUUACUAGARCUAUAGCACAACAAGAGACACCAGAACAUGUUUAG